UCACCCUCGUCCUCGUCGUCGUCCUCGUCGUCCUUCGUCUUCGUCGUCGUGGGAGUGAGAAAAUCGAACUCUCUGUAAUGCACCAGACUCCUCAACCCCUCUCGCUUUCCCAGAUCCCAAUACCGUCAUCAGCCCAACAAAACCCGGCAUUUCUCUCGUUAAUCCUCCUCCCUCUGUCCCUCUCUUUCUACCCCAUUCACUGUUCAGCUUUAACGAUACCAUCAUCUCUCUCUCUCUCUCUCGAGCUCCACAGUUCCCCCUCCAUUCAAAUUCUGCACCCCCCCCCACGCACUGAUCUCCAAAACCCUAGCUCCCCCCACAUUCGAUUUCCCCACCUCAAUUCACCUCCCCCACCACCAUUUACUCUCUCUCUCUUUCUCUCUCUUCCCCUGCGCUCGCGCGGCGUCCGUACGGUCGCCCGAGCUCGAGGAGCCAGCCAGCCGCUCCUUCUGGGUGCGGGGACAAAAGGGUAGCUGCGGGUUUGAGCCAAAUGUUGCUGUUCUGAGGGCCGCCGCCACCCCCGAUGGGCUCGGCGAGGCCGUGGUGGAAGUUGAGCUCCUGGGCCUCGUUACCGCAGCAGCAGGGCGGCAACGACGGGGGCGGGGGCGGCGGCGGGGGGAGCGGUGGCAAGUGCGGCGAUCUCAAGCAGGCAUUCUGGAAAUCGGCGUCGAAGAAGAGGAGGGUGUCGGGGUCGAUCGUGUGCGGGCUGAUGCUCUUCGGUUUGGGAUUGAUCUCGCUGUUCACGGGUCACGUGGCCUCUGAUCUCGAGUGGUGGAACUCCCAGCGGCUGGUCAAGAGGAGCUUGUACUCCAAGCUGGACGGUGGUCACCGUACUCCCAUUGAUAUAUGGAAGUCAAAAGAUGCAAAUUUCUACUACGGAUGCAGCGAAAGGGGUUCUCAUUUUUCAGCUGCUGUCCGUGAACGGCAUUCUAAUGGUUAUCUGCUAAUUGCAACUAGUGGGGGGCUUAAUCAGCAGAGAACAGGAAUAACAGAUGCUGUAGUUGUUGCACGAAUUCUUAACGCGACGCUGGUGGUGCCUGAGCUGGAUCAUCAAUCGUAUUGGAAAGAUGAUAGUGAUUUUGUCAACAUCUUCGAUGUAGAUUGGUUUAUCUCCUCCCUCUCGAAAGAUGUUACUAUUGUCAAAAGAGUACCUGAUAAGUUCAUGCGAACGAUGGAGAAACCACCAUAUACCAUGCGUGUCCCACGGAAAUCUGCACCUGAAUAUUAUUUAGAUCAAGUUCUUCCCAUUCUCUUGAGGAGACGAGUUGUGCAACUGACAAAAUUUGAUUACAGACUUGCAAAUAACCUUGAUGAUGAGAUGCAAAAACUGCGUUGCCGAGUGAACUAUCACGCACUGAGAUUUACAAAGCCGAUUAGAGAACUUGGUCGGAGACUUGUAACAACAAUGAGAAAGAUGGCUAAACGUUACAUUGCGAUUCACUUGAGGUUUGAACCUGAUAUGCUAGCAUUUUCUGGGUGUUACUAUGGUGGUGGAGAUAAGGAGAGAUAUGAGCUUGGUGAAAUAAGGAAACGAUGGACAACUUUACCUGAUUUGAGCCCUGAGGGAGAAAGAAAGCGGGGAAAGUGUCCACUUACUCCUCAUGAGGUGGGAUUGAUGCUGCGAGCUCUUGGUUUUUCAAAUGAUACAUACAUCUAUGUUGCAUCUGGAGAAAUAUAUGGCGGCGAAAAGACUCUGCAGCCUCUCAGAGAACUCUUUCCAAAUUUUUAUACAAAGGAGAUGAUUGCAAAUGAUGAUCUGAAACCCUUCCUACCAUUUUCUUCCCGAUUGGCCGCAAUUGACUACAUUGUCUGUGAUGAGAGUGAUGUCUUUGUUGCAAAUAAUAAUGGCAAUAUGGCCAAAAUUCUUGCAGGUAGAAGGAGGUACAUGGGACACAAGAGGACUAUCCGACCAAAUGCAAAGAAGCUCAGUACAUUGUUCAUGGCAAGGAAUCGGAUGGAUUGGGAUACAUUUUCUAAAAAGGUGAAGUCAUAUCAGAGAGGAUUCAUGGGCGAGCCCGAUGAACUGAGGCUAGGGCGAGGUGAAUUUCAUGAGUUCCCAUCCUCUUGUAUCUGUCAGAAACAGUCAAGUGAAAAUGACUUUGGAAAAGAUGAAGAUCAUAGCUCAAAGCAACAGAUCUUAGAAAGGGAGCCAAAUGUUCUAGCUCAGUAAUGCACAAGAAUCAUGAUGAGGUGAAUUUGUAAACCAAAAGGAGUAGCAAGGCUGAAUCAUGGCUGUCAUCUGGGAGGAUGAGUUCUUGCUCGACCAAAUUUAAGACAGCGCUUGAGGAAGCUCGAAAUCUGGCAGUCUUCUUCGCCUGCCUCCUGCAAGACCCUACGGAGCUGAAUUAUAUCUGUGAAUAGAAGUGAGGGAAGUUUGAUGGUCAAAGUGUUCAUAGUUUGGUGGUCCUGGCCGGUAUACACACUGCGGAUUCCAGGAUGGCUUCACACACGAAAUAUGGUUUGGUUGUCAGUUUCAUUUUCCAUUGACAUGUAUGUAGGCAAUUAUAUGUCGCGGCUCAGUUUAUGAAGUGGAGGCAAUUAAGGCAAAGUCAGUCCACUUCUCGGCAUCCUAAUGUCUGGUUAUGGCACUGUACCAAACCAUCAACUUUAACAGUAUAUUGCUGUGUGGUUAUGCCUCAGUUAUGCCCGAUCAUCGGAUACAUGCGAUGUUUUUGAGGUAGAAAGAAUUGAAGUGGAAAAGCUGGGGAUGUUGAUUUGCA